AUGCCCAUCGACUACUCCAAAUGGGACAAAAUCGAGCUUUCGGAUGAUUCGGAUAUCGAGGUCCAUCCCAAUGUUGACAAAAACUCCUUCAUCAAGUGGAAACAGAGAGAUAUUCAUGAAAAGAGACAGCAACGUAACAUCGAGAUCAAGUCCAUCUUGAUCCAAUUGACCAUGUAUGCCAAACUCAACGAGCGUGUGGAUUUCCUCUUGGCGACUUUGUCUCCUCCAGAGCUCUUGGAUGACGCUAAAGUGAUGAAGGUCUUAAAUGACAAGUUUGAUAAGUCAGAGAAAUUCGACUACGAGAAGCUUAUCAAGGAGAAAGGCGACUCUUUACGUAAGGGAUUGAAGGACUUGCUGUUUGAUGCUGAAGAAAUCCAGAACACGCCGCCAUACAACGAGAUGAUUGAGGAUCUUUUCGUCCAAGUCAAAGAAGACCACCCUGAGGCUGCCACAGAUGCGGCUAGGUUGGCUGGUUAUAUCAAAGAGCAUCGCGCUAAAAUCGAUGAUGUGUUGCUGAAACUGACUAUCAAGCUUGACGACCUCCUUUAUCAGAAGUCGCUCUUGAUCAGCAGUGAUGACUAUCACACUGGAUUCGACCGCUCUUUCUUGAAUAAAACUAAGGAUGAAGAGCCCGAGGAGCGUAAGGAAGCAAAGGCUGCCCCAGCCAAGAAAACCGAGACCUCGAUCGAAACCAUUAAUUCGCCUAAAGCGGCCCAAUUUGAAGAUCCAGCAGACCAAGAUCUCUUCGACCAGCUCGAAGUGAAACCUGCCACAGCCGAGUUUGCCAAAAUAAAAUAUACCGACCUUCAAAAGAGUGCAGAGUUCCUUGUCAAACAUCCUUCCAUUUGUACAGAGAACCAGAAGGACUCUCUUAUAAUGACAGCUUUUGACUAUCAACUUGAAGGUGACGAAGCUUCGGCUAGACAAGUGAUCUACCAAUCUUUAUUGCUUCAGUAUAUUGCACAAUUGGCUGGACCAAAGGCUUCUAACGAUCAAAAAAUCAGAGCCAUCAAGCUCUUCUUCUCGAAACUCAAGGAUUCCAGUAUUCCUGCUAGUCACGCGUUUAACCAAGACGUCGAGAAUACAGUGAACCACAUUCGCAACAGAUGCGAGAUUCUUAAACAGGAAAGACAGGAAUCCGCCGGUGACGAGGGUGAAGCUUUGAUUCAAUUGAAAUCCCUCGAUGACAGCACGACUUUAGAGGUCAAUUACCCUGAAGAGGGUACCAAGGAACAUGAGAUCUUUGUACAAAAACUAUCUCCUGAAAUGCAAGCUGCUGUUCUGUCCGGCUCGUUGGACGAAGUGAAUAAGGUGUUUGCUGAGAUGAAGGUUGAAGACGCCGAAGCUGUGCUUGAAAUCUUCCAAGAAUGUAAUGUAAUUGGUAUCAGUGGUGUGCUCGAGAACGAGGAGGAGUUUCAAAAGUUGAAGCUGGAGGCUGCCAAAGUUGAAGAGGAAGAGAGCAACCGAGUCGAUAUUGCAACUCCAGAUACUGUGGAUUAG